UAAACGCCAAUCCGAUCAGUUUAAUCUUUGAAAUUUGUGGACCGAAUAACACCGAAACCCGAAAUACAUGAUCUUCCAUUUCUGACAAUGCCGUCGCCAGUGCUGUGGACCAGAAUGAUGAUGAAUAUAACAAUAAAAAGACACGUGUUAUAACAGACAGAAAUAGGAAAAGGCUUCUGCUCUGCGAACAGUCACCAAACAGCCAACUUUUCCAUUCUUUCUCUCUCUUUCAAAUGUCCGUUUCGAAGCCAACCUCCGUCAUCGCUCCGCCGCUGCCAUCAACCUACGACGUCGAGUACCGUGCAAUAGCCGACGACGCAUGGUACAGUGUCCGUACAGUUGUAGAAGGAGAGACACUGAGGAUUAAGUACGAAAACUUCGGCGAUGAACACGACAGCGUCUUUGAGCCACAAAACUUUAAGUGUGCAGAAGAGAUUGAGAUAUUUGAGAAGCGGUUCAGGCCGCUUUCCAAUCAGUUGCAGGACAAAGAAUGUAAGAAACUAAGUGUCGGUACUGUGGUUUGCGCUUCUCACUCUUUCACCAAUUUAGAUAAUCGCUUCUACGACGGCGUUGUCGAUGAUCAGGUAAUUUCAAGGGAUCAUCGUUUUGCUAAUGGAGAUGAACAAUGCAUGUGUACGUUUGUGGUUGUUUGGAGACAUGGUCCAAUUGCGGGGUGUUUGAGUAACAAGAAAAUUGAGAAUGUAUGCGUUGUUCAAUCCACUUCACAGCUUGAUCCUAAGGUAGCCACUUUUUUGAAGAUGGUCAGGGACAAACUUGAAAGUGAAAGUGAAAAUGAAAGUAAACCUUAUUUACCUUGUCAUUCUCACACUCCUCAUCAAGAUAUUGCCAGCUUGCCUUUGAAGCUGGAAUCUACUUUUAUAGAGCAGAAAAGGAAGUGUGCCAGCCACAGCCAGUCAUUUAGUAACAGUUGGACUUCUGAAGAGAGGAUUUCUGAUCAUGCUCAAAGGAUCAAAGAGGAAGUUGAUGUUGGAGGGAUUGGCAAUCGAUAUAUUUUUUUGGUUGACAAUCUGGAUAAAAGUUUAUCCCCUUCAACAAUUAUGGAAUUCAUACAUAGACUUACUUUAGUAUCAGUUCGAGCGUAUGUUUUCCCGAGUUUAUCAUCAGAGACAUACACGAAUGGGGCUGUUGUAGUGGAGGGUGAAAAGAAUUUCCAGAAGUUAUCUGAAUUUUUUGAUAGUCCCGAUCACAUCAUCAUGUCAAGAGGAGGAAGGCCAUGGGCAAUAACCGCAAAACUGUCUGGGCAUGAUACAUAUUUGGUCGCACUUGGGAACUUAAUGCCUAAAUACCAGGAGAAGCUAGAUUUCAGAAAUAAUGAUACUGGCAAGGAUUUAAAAGUCGUCUGUUCAGGAUCAGAAGAAUACAAGACAGGGAAGCAGCUGAGAGAUCUGUUUUUGGAGUUUGCUGAGCAUCAACGGCGAUUGCACAAAAGGCUAGCAUUGGAGGAGAGAAAGAUCUUUCAAUCAAUGUAGCUGCAAGUGAAAUAUUUUAAGUUGGUGAGUGUGCUUUGGACAGCCUACAGCCAUCACUUUUUGACAUUAGCAAAUGCAGUAUUAGUUACAAAAGAAAAUACAAACCAACUCCGCGAAGGUGUAAACUAAUUCUGAAAAUAUUGAACUAGAAGGAGAAGAUAGUGGCAGCGACAGAGACAAAACUACAUGAGGUUUUUUUAGCUGGAAAGCAUUGCAUAAUCAAUUAUGCUGUUUUUGUUGGUGGAAGAUCUUUAGUUCUUUCUACAUCCAUAUCCUACAGGAUGGUUCCACCUCUUCCGGCCAGACUAGUCCUGUCCUUUUUCUUUUUGUUAUUAGUUCAUGUUAAUGUUAUGAUGUCUUCUGGAAGAGUAUUUUGUUUGGUUGAUAAAUCUUGAUACUGGAAGAGAUUAUGCAGCUUAAGAAUGACUAGAGAAUUUUAUUUUAGCUUUGGGACAUUGAUGAGUAUACAUUGCUCAGUUGCAUUCUUGUACUAAAAUAGCAACAGCUUAUUUAAUUUGAAUGAAAGAAUUUUUCUUUUAAAGAAAAA